CAGACAAUUCCCAGACUUAAAAAGUAAUACUAUGCUAAUAUUUAUGAUUUUUUUUAAACAAUUGAGAUCAUUUUAAAAAUUAGGAAGGGGGGGGGCACUUCCGGGUCAAGUCGUUACAAAGCGGAAGGAAACGAAGAAUCGUUAGAAAGAUGGCGGCGAGCACGCAGAAAAAUAACAAACCGGGGAAAUCUGGGGCCAAAGAGGCCCAGCCUCUUAUUAUUCCCAAAAAUCCAGCGGAAGAGCAGCGUCUACGGCUGGAGCGGCUGAUGCGAAACCCCGAGAAACCCGCUCCCAUUCCGGACAGGCCGAAGGAGUGGAACCCGCGCGCGCCGCCGGAGUUCGUCAGGGACGUGAUGGGCUCGAGCGCCGGUGCGGGCAGCGGGGAGUUCCACGUUUACCGACACCUUCGCCGCAGGGAGUACCAACGACAGGACUUCCUGGACAAGAUAACGGAGAAGCAGCAGAAGGACCUGGAUUAUCUGAAGAGGCUGGAGGAGAACAAGAAGGCGGCGCUGGAACGCACGGAGAAGCGACGGAGGAAGCGCGAGAAGCUGAAGCAGAAGAAGCAGAUGGCGAAAAAAGCCAAACUUGGGGAUCAGAGCAAAACAGACGCGCCGGAGAAAACUGAGAGCAGCAGUGAUGAAGAGGAGGAGGAAGCUGAGGAGAAGGAGGAUGACGCUGAGGCUCCCAGCUUUAUUAUGGGACGAAAAUAACAGAAGAACAUUGCAGAGCUGACCGUUUUCUGAAGCCUUCUGAUGACCUUAUAUGGACAAAUGCUUUUUUCAAAAUAAGACACUUUGACAUCAGUUAAUACAUUUGUAAUCUGGAGGAAAUCAAAAAUAUUUCCUGAUUGUCAUCUUGAAUCCACCACAUUUUAAUUUUGUAUUAAAAAUUUAAAUACAGUUG